UGGAGCGCAAGGCAUGUGUCGCUUCCGUGGGAACGCUCUCCAAUAGGAAUCAAACAGCACCAGCCUCGUCUUGAUGCGGACAUGGGUGUUUCUCCAGGCAUGCAUUUCCAGGCAUUUUUGCUGCCGCUCGUGCAGUCUCGCCGCUGAUCGCGCGGUGUUUAUAUCGCCACCGUGACCACAGUUUUUUUUUCUUUCUUUCUUUUUUGCGCGUCGUUCUCGUAACUUUGCGCGUGGAGGCGGAAAACACUCUGGUUUGGGGAUCGCAGCGUGAGUUGGAUAGACGGGGAUGGCUCGCAGGAGCGCGCCGCGUCACCCCACCUCCAGGAGACAACUUCCAGCACCCCUGGGUCUGAGGAGCGCUUAAGGUUCUGUGAGGAGGUUAAAGGGAGAUCAUGAGCAACCACGUCAGGGCCGGCGGAAUGGCAUCGAAAGAAAAGCUGUAUGAGCUGUGGAUGUUGUAUUACACAAAGAAAGAUGUGGGCUAUCUGCAGCAGUGGCUUGAGGCAUUUGUGGCAUCAUUUGAGAGGCUUAUUGAUGUGCAGACACUAGAGCCUCGAAGACUGGAAGACGGCAGCUCAGAGGUGCCCUUGCUUCCCAGGGAUGUUCUGAUGCUCCUCAGCACCAAACUAUGGCACAGUGCAUUCCACCUCUCCAGUUCCAUGGAGAAAAACAGCAGCACGCCACACCCACUACUGCUUAUAAAGUUCUUCAUCAUUGUGUGCAGAAACAUGGAGAACAUCGACACGGAAAAAACCCCUGGCUUCGUUUUUGAAACCAUCAAGCUUUUGAAUUUCUGUCUAGAUCAGUUGAAGAAGGGAGAAGACGAUAAGUUGUCUCUGCAGAACGUCGUGCACUAUGGGCUGGUGCUCUGCGAGAGUCUGUUCGACCCUAAUCAGACGUGGAGGAGACGCCUGGCUGGAGAGGAGGUGAGCUUGCUGGAGAGGAACAAGUAUAAGUUCUCCCCGCUGGCCUUGCCAGAAGAACUGCCUGCUCUGCUCCACGAGAGUCUUCAGGAUGGCGAGAAGAUCCCAGAGCUGCUCACACUCAGAUUGGUUCAUCUCCAAGGUGCUGUCAUCAGCGGAGGAAAGAAAAAUGGUCUACUCUUUAUCACCCCUCAGUCUGUUGAGGAUUUGUUCUCUGUUUUGCGGGCAUGGUGUUGCCGUGUCUCCCCUGAACCGAAGAGCCCCAAACUCCCCCGGAUGACUUUGCAGUGCUUGACGGCGAUGAUCCACCUUCUGCACUCGAGUAGCCCCGCAGAGCGGCAGGUCGAGAUCAGGACGAUCCUCGAUAGCUACUUUCAGUUGCUCAACUGGAACCGACCGCUCAUCAGCGAACAGGAGAACAGGCAGAGCUGGGAGGAGAGCCUGAUCUCACUCCAGAGUCAAAUGCUAACUGUUGUUCCUGAGAUCCUGCAGUGCUCGGAUAGACCCGUCCUGCAGGCAGUCUUCCUCAACAACAACUGCUUUGAGCACAUCCUCAGACUCAUUCAGAACAGCAAGCUCUUUCAGAGCAACAGGCAAAGGCCGGACAGUGAGGUUGUGUGUGACCUCACCACACAUUUACUCACAGAAGUGGAUCAGGUGUGGGAAAAAGGAUCAGACAGUAUUACAGUUCAUGCCCUGGGGGUCCUCACAGCUAUAAUGAGCAACUCCCCUUCUGCAAAGGAGGUUUUUAAGGAAAGGAUUGGCUACUCACAGCUGUUCGAUGUGCUGAAAAGUCAAGGUCAACCCACCAAAAGACUGCUGCAGGAGCUGAUGAACAUGGCGGUGGAGGGUGAGCAUGCCCAUGCGCACCAUCUCGGGAUCAGCAAUGACCAGCCUUUGCUGCUGCUCUUGCAGUGGCUCCCUGACCUGUCAGGUCAGAGGGCUCUUCAGCUGUUGGUUGCGCAGUGGCUGGCAGCUGUUUGUGGAGGCUCCCUGUCCUGUCGCACAGUGGCCGUAGAAGCUGGUAUGGUCGGAGCCUUGCUGCAGGUGCUUUCUCAUCCUCAGAGUCUGGACAGACAAUGUGCAGAUGCCCUGCUGGGCCUCCUGCGGGACCUGGGCUCUUUGUGUCUGAAACCAGAAGAGCUGAAAAGCCUUCUAAGACUCCUCAGGGUAGAUGAGAACAAUGGUUCAAAUCUAAGGAAGGUUCACCCCUACUGCAGCCGGAUCAUACGCGUUCUCUCAGCCAUGGCAUCCAGAGAAGGCAAGGACAGUGCUUUGCAGUAUUUUGAUCUUUCACCACCAAUGGCAGGCAUCAUGGUGCCAACAGUCCAGCGCUGGCCUGGGAGUGGAUUUGCAUUUCAUUGCUGGCUAUGCUUAAACACGGACUUCCCAUCUUAUCACUCUGAUGCCUCAAAUAACCGUAAAUCUCCUGCUAGCUCUGAGAUGGGGGCUCAGCAUGACAUGGGGAAAGGUCCACGCAGGAAGCAGCUCUACAGUUUCUUUACAGCAAGUGGAACUGGACUGGAAGCUUUCUUCAACAUGGAAGGGGUGCUGGUGGUGGCUGUGUGCACGAAGAAGGACUACAUGGCAGUGGCUUUGACAGAAUACCCUCUCACGGACUCAUCCUGGCAUUCGGUGGCUAUCGUUCAUGUCCCAGGGAGGCGUCCUUUUGGUCAGAAUCUGGUCACGAUCUACAUCGACGGAGAACUGCGUAAAACUGCUCAGCUUCGCUUUCCUUCUUUUAGUGAGCCUUUCACCUCCUGCUGCAUCGGCUCGGCCGGCCACAGAACUACAACCACCACCACCUCCCCAAACCUUCCUGCGUCCAUCAACUCCAGCCCGUCCCCCGAAUUUGCCUUCCCUGCUCCCACCCCCUUCCUCAGCCGAUCCCAGUCUUUCCCGGCCUCCUUUGCAGGAGGUCGCUGGGGGUCUUCAGCGGACCUGUUGGUGCGCACCAUUCCAGCAGGGCUGCAGGACACAGAGUGGGGAUCCCCUACGUCUCUGAAUGGGCUUUUAGGUACCGCUUUCAUCUGCCAUGAGGCUCUGCAGCAAACGCAAGCACGGGCUUUGUACGCUGCAGGCCCAAAUCAUGUGCCUUUGUUCAAAACGGAUGGAGAAUUAUCUGAUCUCAACAGCAAGCUUCUACUCUACUACACACCUCAGGCGUUUAAAAGUCAGAUUUGUCUGGAUUUGGCACCCAACCAUCAAUAUGAUGGCAGACUCACAGGACACAGGGUGGUCAACUGGGACAUCAAGGAUGUUGUGAAUGUAAUAGGAGGAAUUGGGGUUUUUCUGCCCCUCCUCGAGCAGGUGUGCGAGGCAGAACAUGUUUACAGUGGAGGGCAGGAAACCUCCGACCUGCUGGGACCGGAGCUCACCUCCUCCAGAGGCCCUGCUGCUUUGCUGUUGCCUCUGAACAAAUCUUCUGAGGGCCGUAUGGAAACAAACAGCAUCGCUGCCUUCUUGCUGUUGAUCAGAAACCUGAUUCGUCAUCACCCCGUCAAUCAGGAGAGCCUGCUGCAGUGCCAGGGGCCAAGCAUCAUCGGUGCCAUGCUGAGCAAAGUUUCUGGCAACAUGAUGGACAUGAAUGUUGUGAUGGCAUGCCAGCUGCUACUGGAGCAGGUUUUCAAUGAGGGCAACAGCUCACUUCUACAGCAACUCUACCAACACCUGCUUUUCAAUUUCCGCAUCUGGACUCAAAGCCACUUUGCUGUUUGUUUGGCACAUGUGCAGUACCUGUCUUCAGUGAUGAACAAAAGCAAACAGCGCAUGAAGAGGAAGUAUGGAGUUCAGUAUAUUCUGGAUAACAUUCGAACAUACUACAGUGCAGAGAAGAAUGACUCCUCUCUGUCCGAUGAGAAGCAGACGAUUCAAACGUCUCUGUUUUCCGUGCUGAAAGACUUUCUCAAGUCUCCAACUACAGAGGAACUCCACAGUGUGCUUGCCUUCAUACUGGCCUCAGGGGAAGAGCAGCAGGUGGUGAAGGCGUUGGAUAUCGUGUAUGAGCUCUUGAGGACCAGCCCUCCUCGUGAGCACGUGCAGACCGUGCUGCUGGAGUGGGGCAUCGAGCAGCUAUACUGCCUACUGCUCAAUCCAGACCUUGGAGACGAGGGCAGGGAAAGGGUAUUUAGGGUUUUAUACAAAAUCCUUAAAAGCGAGAAGGUGUCAGAACGCAACAAGCAUCGCAUUAAGCUGAGGGAUUUUGGAUAUCUCGGCCUGAUUUGCUUUCUAGAGGACAUCCCCAUGACCAUGACCACUGUGCGCUGUCUGUACGAGCAGGUCCUGGCUACAGAUGCAGCUCCUAACUUCAGAGAUCUUCUGGCUGUGGUCAGCUUGUCCCAUCGAGCUGAACUCGCCGUUCGACUAGAUGUCUGUCGCAAGCUCUUCCAUCUGAUCUACUCCAACGAGGAUUAUGUGAAGCAGCUCGCCAGGCAGCCCGGCUGGCAGGAUAUCCUGACCAAGCUCUAUGUGAAGGAAUCCUACGAAGCCCACGUCAACGACAUUGCAGACUCCACCACUUCGGCUCCUUUUGACGCUAACUACAGACCUUUGCUGCGGAGAGAUCAGUCUGUGGUCAUAGAGGAUUCUGCCACGUCCAUUUUUCUGAACUACCGCAACUCGCGGGAAAUUGAGGACGAGGAGGAAGAGGAAGGUCAUAGGGAAAUUUCUGAGGGCUUCUCGGAUUUAUCCCAGUCUCCCCCCAGUGGUGGAGGAGGCCCGCUGAAAAACUUGGAAAGCUCCGUCCAUUUUAAGUCGUUUGAUUCUGUGGAUCAGGAGAGUCAGUCAUCCUCUAUUUCAAACGCAGUUGAUAUUAAUUCAGCUUGUCCUGAAGAUGAGGGAAAGGACUAUCAGCCGCUCUCGCCUUUUGGCACAUCGCCCUUUGAUUUGGAAUUGGGAGGCAUGGGAGGGAGUGGCGCUCAGACCCCGGUAGGAAGUCUAACUAACACCCCUUCCCCCCUGGAGCACUUCAAACCAUUUCCACCUCUUAGACCAAGGAAGAGCUCGAGUUUGUCCAACGUUCUAGAUGACUCCAGUUAUGUAGCGGAGCCUCCUACUGGAGACACAAUCUCAAACACUUCCAACCCACAGCAGACCCCUGAGGAAGAGCUGUGCAACCUGCUGACCAACAUCAUCUUUUCGGUGCUGUGGAGCAGCAGAGGUGCAGAAGGGGCGGAGGAUGUGAUAUGGAGGGAGAGGGGGCAGGUUUUUUCUGUUCUCACCAAACUGGGAUCUUCAUGCCAGCUGGUGCGUCCCCCCGAUGAGAUCAAACGCAGUCUUUUGGAAAUGAUGCUGGAGUCAUCAUUAUCGGAUUUGAGGGACGCCCAGGGGGUGUCUCUGCCUUUCUGUCCCAGCCUGGUCCGCCUCCUCCGACUGCUGCAAGACUUCCUGUUUGCAGAGAGGACAAGGGACAGGACUCUCUGGAGUGAAAAGAUCUUCGAGGGAGUUGUGAACUUGUUGGACAGGUUGCAGGCCUGGCACAGCACCCCUGGUAGUCCUGGAAACACAGAACUGAAAGAGAUGGCCCAGAUUGGACUACGUAUCAUCACGGGAUAUAUUCAGCAGCAGCACUCGCAGGUGUGUGAGAUGGCCUGUUUGAAGCUCCACAGCCUCCUCCAAACUGUGCUCUGUCUGAGCUGGGAUGAGGUUUGCUUCCUGCUGGGGGAACUUGGCGCCCCCCUGUGGCCAGGAGGUGUCAUAAAUGACACCAACUGCAGUCAGUCAGAAACCUUUUCGCAGCUGGUGCCCAUUGUCCGCACACUACUCGACCAGCAUGCUGACCCCAUUAUGCUCCAGAAGCUGCUGCCAAACCUGCCCAUCACCAACGGCAGCACCACCUUUGCACAGGACCUGAAGGCUUACUGUCACACACUGGAGUGGCAGAGCUUUUACCAGCAGCAGAUUCAGCCCACUAAAGAGCAGUACGAGCUGGACACGUUCGGCAGAAGUCACGACAUCAUGUCCAAUUUUUGGAACUCAAGCUUUGACGACCUCAUGAGCACAGCGUUCAGACGAGAAAAAGACAGAUCAGAAAGCAAAUCCAAGUUUCAGGAAAUGAUUGUAGACCCCUACCUCAAGCGACUUCGGAGUGAGACCAACAGGCACCUUGCUUGGCAGAAGCAGAACUCCAGCCAGCAGAUGGUGGUACUGCAACACUGGAGAUCUCUCCGCAGACAUUUUACCAAUGAGAGGGGUGCAUGGGCCAACAGAGUUCAACCAGAGGUCAAAUGGAAGCUGUCCAACGCUGAGACGUACUCAAAGAUGCGCCUCAAACUCGUGCCCAACUACAACUACGACGCUCACUGUGAGGCCAGUGCCCUCAGGGACAACAUGGGAGCUGAGAGCCCCCGCAGCUCUGAACCCAUCCCACUCGCUGUUGCAAAAGAAGCAAAAGUGAGUGUCAUGAAAGAUGAUCAGCUAGGAGAAGAGGACCUCGUCUUUCUGGAUAACGAGGUGGAAGGAGAAGACGAGAGCCAGAGAGAAAAGCUGGUUCUGUCUGAAGAUUGCGAGCUCAUCACCAUUGUGGCAGUGGUUCCAGGCCGAUUGGAGGUCACCACCCACCACCUGUACUUCUAUGAUGGCAGCAGUGAGAAAGAAGAGACAGAGGAGGGAAUUGGGUUUGAUUUUAAGAGACCUCUGUCUCAGCUCAGAGAGGUUCAUUUGAGGCGCUACAACCUGCGGCGCUCCGCACUAGAGCUGUUCUUCAUAGACCAGUCUCACUACUUUAUCAACUUCAAGAAGAAGGUACGAAACAAAGUGUACUCCAGGAUUCUCGGACUGCGACCUCCAAAUCUGUUUUACUUUGGCUCUCGCUCUCCUCAAGAGCUCCUCAAGGCUUCAGGCCUCACCCAGAAAUGGGUGUACAGAGAAAUCUCCAACUUUGAGUAUUUGAUGCAGCUGAACACCAUUGCUGGACGAACCUACAACGACCUGUCGCAGUAUCCCGUGUUCCCUUGGGUCCUGUGUGACUACACUUCUCCUACUCUGGAUCUGAGCGACCCUUCCAUUUUUAGAGACCUGUCCAAGCCCAUAGGUGUGGUCAACCCUCGUCAUGCACAGAAUGUCAGGGAAAAAUAUGAGAGCUUUGAAGAUCCUACAGGCAACAUUGACAAAUUCCACUAUGGCACACACUACUCUAACGCAGCAGGAGUCAUGCACUACAUGAUCCGCAUGGAACCAUUCACCACCCUGCAUAUCCAGCUGCAGAGCGGCAGGUUUGACGUUGCAGACAGACAGUUCCACUCAGUGGCUGCAGCCUGGCAGGCUCGCAUGGAGAGUCCAGCCGACGUCAAAGAGCUCAUUCCAGAGUUCUUCUAUUUCCCAGAAUUCCUGCAGAACAUGAAUGGCUUCGACUUGGGCCGCUUACAGAUCUCUCAGGAGGCGGUGACAGACGUUGAGUUGCCCCGCUGGGCGACAUCGAGGGAAGACUUCAUCAGAAAGCACAGGAAAGCCCUGGAAUCUGAGCACGUGUCCAGUCACCUCCACGAGUGGAUUGACCUGAUCUUUGGUUGCAAGCAGAGAGGAGAAGAAGCAGUGAAUGCUCUCAAUGUCUUUUAUUACUGCACGUAUGAAGGAGCUGUUGAUCUUGAUGCGAUCGCUAAUGAGACUGAACGAAAAGCCUAUGAGGGCAUCAUCAGCAACUUUGGACAAACCCCAUGUCAGCUUCUUAAGGAACCUCAUCCUUCUAGGAUGACAGCUGAGAAUGCAGCCAGACGGCUGGCCCGUCUGGAUACUCUACCCGCAAAUAUCUUUGAGCACCUAGCUAAACUCCGUUCUUUUAAAGAGGUGGUCAGUGAUGGCAUUCCUUUGGUUCAAGCACUGGUACCAAAGACCCAUCAUCGCUCCUCCAUUAUCCAGGGAUCUAAUAUGCUGGUGAGUGUCAGUUCCAAUGGUUUGAUAGGGACGCACAGCUGGCUUCCAUACGACAAAAACAUUGCCAACUACUUUACCUUCAACAAAGACCCAACAAUGACCAACCCAAAAACUCAGCGUUUCUUGAGCGGGCCUUUUUCCCCCGGAGUGGAGAUCAGCACUAAGGUGUUGGUGGUGUCCAAUGACGGCCGGCUGCUGUUCAGCGGAGGGCACUGGGACUGCAGCCUCCGGGUCACCCAGCUGGCCAAAGGAAAGUUAGUUGGCAGGAUCUGCCGGCACAUUGACAUUGUUACCUGCUUGGCUCUGGAUCUCUGUGGCAUCUACCUCAUUUCUGGAUCAAGGGACACUUCCUGCAUAGUGUGGCAGGUGAUACAACAGGGAGAGUUCUCCUGUGGUCUGUCUCCUCGACCGGUCCAGAUCUUCAGUGGACAUGACCAGGAGGUGACCUGUGUGGCAAUCAGCACUGAACUGGACAUGGCUGUUUCCGGGUCAAAGGACGGGACCGUGAUCGUGCACACGAUCCGGCGUGGACAGUUCCAGCGAACACUGCGGCCUCCCAGCGACAGCUGUGUUCCCAUGCAAAUCUCUGAGCUCCAGGUGGGCAUGGAAGGCCACAUCGUGGUGCAAACAUCACAGAAGGAGCACUGUCACACCAAGGGCAAAUACUCCAUUUAUGUUUACUCAGUCAACGGCUGUCUGCUGUCCUCUUUCACCAUGGAGGAGCAGAUAACAGCCGUCCACUUGGUGUCGGAGUAUGUCAUCCUUGGAAGCAUGCAGGGAAGUCUCCACAUAAGAGAUUUGUACAGCCUGGAUGCUCUGGUCACACCUCUGGCCUUGAGGGUUCCUGUGAGGAGUGUGUCUGUCACCAAAGAAUGCAGCCACAUUCUAGUGGGACUGGAGGAUGGAAAGUUAAUUGUGGUGGGGGCAGGGAAGCCAGAAGAGGUCCGCUCCGGACAAUUCUCCCGUCGCCUGUGGGGCUCCACACGUCGAAUCUCUCAGGUGUCGUCAGGUGAAACUGAGUACAAUCCCAUUGAGAACGUGAGCAAUUGAGGAGAGCCACUGAGACUGAACUCUGAAGAGCCUUAAGGGAUGCAAAUUUGCUCACCACAAUCUUCUCCUUUCUCGCUGGGAAAUCUGAAUCCUAAGCCACUGGUCUCUCUGAGAGAGCAACUAUACACCGCACUUUCUAUAGUUGAGUGAUUUUAUAUUUGAAUGCAUGUUUUAUUUUGUGCUGUUCAUUUUUUAUCAGCAUUAUUCCAAAGAGCGGCCUUGUUGGGUAUGUGAGGUUAUGAAUUAUGAGGGGGACUGCAGUCGCUCUAAAGCUGCGUUUACUCCAAACGCGAUUUGCGCAGCAAAUUUUGCGUGAGCCGCCUCUCUUUUGCAGUGCGGCAAAUUCAUGGAUGUUGUUGAGAGAUCAGGUUUAUUUAUUAUGAAGAGCUCUUCAAAAACAUCGGCAAUGUUGUCUCCAUGUCUGGGUUCAUGAGAUCAUUCAAAGAUUCUCUCUGUACCGUGGUGUUUCUGUGUCUCUGUGACCCACUUUAAAAGGCUCACUGUCCCGCAUUAACCCCAGAAGGGAAAAUAAAUCCAAAAAUAAAAUUAGGGGGCCUUUUUUAUUAUUGUCUUUAUGAAAAUUAGAAAAAUAUCACAAAGUUCAGGAGGUCCGAGCAGCCUACUCCUCCCGCAGCGGUUCUGUCUGUCUGUCAUUGGAUAUGUAUUCCACCGUUGAUCGAUUCACUGAAAGCGUCACAAAGCAGUUUCCCUGAUUGGUAGAUGAGACGCUGCGACCUAGGCAAAAUAUUGUACAAAUCGCGCCGCAGGACGUCAGAUUGUGUCUGUACCAUUGACUUGACAAUGUAACUGGCCACCUCUGCGGCGCGUAUCACAUUUGGUGUGAACACAGCUUAAGAGCCCACUCUCAUUACACCAGUGUGCCCGUGCUAGAGUCCAUUUGACCCCAAAGUUUGACUCUUUUGGGAGCUGCGAUUUGUCUGGUGCUGACCCGAGCACUGACUGCUGGCUCGCCUUGCCGGGGACAUGCCACGCCAGCUACCUCUGGACUUGAGAAUGGGAUAUCAGUGCUGUGAUCGCAAACAGUGAUGGAUCAAAAUCAGCGUACACUUUUGCAGUACCUGGACACUGACAGCCGAAAGAGUUUAUAAGCGCAACCAGGAACUGGUGUGCUGUGAGUAGACUCUGAAUCAGAUUUCAGAGAAGUGACUCACUUAUCUGCAGAUGGAGCACAGCAAACUCCCUGGGCCCCACGUCUUGGCCUCCUUUGUUGUCGCAUGGCUGUGGCCGGUGCACUGUCAAAUGUCUUAACCCACUUUGGCAUCUUCUUAAAACUCCUGAAAACUUGAAAAAACUGUUGCAGACAUCGCUCGAGGCUUCCACGUCGCAACACUGGGGAAGACCACAAAAAGAUGUUUGUGAAGAGACCCGGGGGGCGAGAAUGCGUUUGUCUGUGUGUGUAGACGGGGCGUGCAUAUCUUUGAACUUGUGCUGUAGUGGGUUUCAGUGGGUAACGCCUGCUCAUCCUUGCAGCAGAAAUGCAGAAGUUCUACAUGUAAGGCUCUAAGCAGUGUGAAACUGUUACAAUUAAAGCAGCACAUGCUUUAAUGGUCAAGUAUGUGAAAUAUAUUCACCUUUUUAUCACAGCUGAGCUGCAAUGCGAUUAACCUCAACAGAAGAGCUGUUGCCUUCCACACAAAAUGACCUUUAUAAAUGCUUCUGCUAUGUUUUAACAGCUCACCAUGUCCAAGCUCUGAUCAAAGAAGUGCCUUUUUAUACUCGGGCCUCAUGUAAACCAUGUUUCUGCAAAACUGUGUUUUGGUUAUUGUAAUUGUAUCUGCGGAUCUGUUUGAAUGUGUUUGACUUCCCCACUGUGAGAGCGAUACAGUGAGAAAACACAUUAGUUGGCUGAAUGAAUAAACUUGUCUGUACUGGUGUUGUGCCGCAAAGGAGAUCUGAAGACAUGAUGACUCUUUACCAUGUGAUUGAGCUUUAUAGGAAUGCAUUUCCUGCCCACGUGUGUGUGUCUCUGUGUGUGAGUGUUACUGUGGCUGGAACAGAGUAAUAAUUCAGAGAUACCAUGAUAGAUGAGAACAAUGUGGGUGAAUGGAACGCACAUUAUAUUUAACCUAGAUGCAAAUAACCUGUUUUUUGUCAACGAAAAUGGACAAUUUUGCAAAAUAAACUGUAAUUUGAUUGUGAUUUGUGUUGUCUUAAAGGGGAUGUGUCGUUACUCUGUAUGUUAAAUGUAGAAGAUCACAUUUUGUGCAUUUGUACAAGUGUCUGUGUUGCUCUGACCUUUGUGAAAGCUCAGAUAUUGUUUGAGUGCAUCAUGUUUCUGUUCCUCCAGUCACAGCAUCCACCAUCACAAUUCAGCUCCAGGUUUCGCUCUUCAGUGUGUGUGUUUUUUCUUCUUGAGACCCCUCUGAAUGCCUUAUGUUUAGGCCAGCACUGCCUUGAAGUGAAAUUCACUUGUCUUAUAAUAUGUAAUAACUGUUGAUCUAGGACCAUGUUGGAAAUACAGCUGACUUUCUGAAAAAAA